ACGGUGCUGCCAUGCCCGCCCGCUGCGUGGCCGCCCACUGCGGGAACACCACCAAGGCUGGGAAGUCGCUGUUCCGCUUCCCCAAGGACCGGGCGGUGCGGCUGCUGUGGGACCGCUUCGUGCGAGGCUGCCGCGCCGACUGGUACGGGGGCAAUGACCGCUCCGUCAUUUGCUCUGACCACUUCGCUCCGGCCUGUUUCGAUGUCUCUUCGGUCAUCCAGAAGAAAUUGCGCUUCUCGCAGCGCCUGAGGCUGGUGGCGGGCGCCGUGCCCACCCUGCACCGGGCGCCCGAAGCAAUGCCUAAGGGGGAGGAAAAGGGAGAGCGAGCGGGUGGCCUGGACCAGGGAGGCGAGCUCCAAGCAGCCGGGUAUCCCGAGGCCGCCCCGGGUCCAGCCUCCUGCACGCGCCUCCAGGCCGGGAAGAGGGCUGCGGCUUCACAGAUUACACAUGAAAAUGAAGUCAUGCAAACACAAGUCCACGCUGAGCAUCUGUGCAGCAAUGUCUCUUCAGAACCUGCUCACUGUGAAGAAGGCCCGGUGCCCAGAAGGACACAGAUUUCUCUGAAAAGGCCUCACCGUAGUGUGGAUAUUCAGGCCAUAGUGAAAGUGUUGGGAAAACAACAGUGUAAUGCAGCUACUCAGAUGGAUGAGUUGUGGACCAGAACUUGCUCUCUCUUUGACAUUUACUCUAGUGAUUCAGAAGCAGAUAUAGACUGGGAGAUCAAGCGUGAGCAGAGUGAUCUGUCUUAUGUAGCUAUACAGGUGAAAGAAGAGACAUGUUAGAAGCACACUAUCAAAUGCUUUUCAAAUCUUUAUUCACAUAAUUAUAAAUUGGCUGUUAUAAAUCUUUCACUUCCAGAUGAUUGGACAGCUGAGUAUCAGCAAAAUUUGUUUAGCUCUAAGGAAAAAAUGUACCCACUUAACCAAGAAAAUGAAGAUAACCCCUGCCCCAAACCUCCCUGCCCCCACUUUCACCUUUGUGUUUUCUCUUUUAUCCUUUUGGUGGAAAACAGGUUAUAAAACAAAACCACUAUAACUACAAUAUUUCCUAGUCAAAAUUAAAUAUUGAAUAAUCCUUAAACUCAUUUCAGAAGCCAUGCUCUUACAAGACCCAUUUGACAUUUGCUAGUUAGAAUGUCCUGUACUUUGGAAUAAUUUGAAAGUAGAGCAGUAGCACUGUGCACAGCCAAGCCUGGCAUAGCAAGUGACUUGUGAGUGCAGCCAGGACAUUCACCCUUGCCAUUUAUUUUUUAUUUAUUUUUUAACUUAUAGAUUUUUUAUUAACUUUUCUUGUAAUAGCCAAAAACUGGAAACGAUUCAGAUGUUUUCCAUUGUUAAACACACUCUGGAACAUAUAGACCAAGAAAUACUACUCAGCCAAUAAAAAGAUAUGAGCUAUCGAUACCUGAUAACUUAGAUCUUAAGGAUUGCUUAGUAUAAAAGGCCAAUCUCAAAAGAUUAUGUACUGUACCCAGCUAGGCCAUUUAUUUCUUAUGUUAUUUGUUAGUUUGUCUAUUGGUAAUACUAUGAGAUUUACAGAUCAGUCCUGUGAGCAUUUCUGGUGAAGCUGUGGCUCUUGGGGAAAAUUUUCAAAAGGAAUCAAUUUAGAGAUGGAGUUUCAUAUACUUAGAUUACCUUGUUAAUGAAGUCUGUUUCUUCUUAUUGCACCAUAUUAAUUGACUUGGAUUAAUUUAGAUUGGAAUUAUUAACAUCAUGCACAAAAAGUAUUACAUUUCUCAUAUAUUCCCAUUGCACGUGCUAGUUUUUCUUCUGUCAACACCCCUUUAUUGAAUUCUGCAUUUGGAAAAUAAGCAUACAAAUAUCAGCCAUCCCAUCUGCCUUUCAUCAGGAAAAUUUAUAUGAUAAUUUUGUACCAUGAUGUAAACUGUUACAAUAGUUUCUGAGAAACUUACUAUAACUCUAAUCUUCUAUUGAUAAUAAUAAAAAUAAAUAUCCAUUUUACACCUUAUAUGCCAUAUUCGUUCUGAAAUGAUUAGAAGUACUUGCAUGCGUUUUAUCCUCAAGGUUUAAAUAAUAUACAAAAGUGAUUUUCUUCCAAUGCUAAUUUUAUGUCUGAGUUACUUUGAGUAGUGUAAUUUUAAGGAAAAUAAUAAUAAAAUUAAGUAUCAAUAGGAGUUGUGAACCUGAA